AUAAACUUAAUUAUUGCAUUCAUACUAAUAACUACACUCAUCCCAAUAGCUCUUAUACUCAUCUCAUUUUGACUACCAAUAAUAACCCCCGACUAUGAAAAGCUAUCACCAUACGAAUGUGGUUUUGACCCCUUAGGGUCAGCCCGUCUUCCUUUCUCCAUCCGCUUUUUCUUGGUAGCUAUCCUAUUUCUACUAUUUGACCUAGAGAUUGCCCUCCUCCUCCCCCUCCCUUGAAGUAGCCAACUCCCCCUCCCUAAUCACACCUUUUUCUGGGCCUCCACUAUCCUAAUUUUACUCACCCUUGGCUUAAUCUACGAAUGACAACAAGGCGGACUAGAAUGGGCCGAAU